ACAGAGACAUGGAACGGAGAUCCUGAGCGCAUGCGCGUAACCACAGCUAUGAGUGAAUCCUCAUCCAUUCAUAGUGAGAAACUACGCAGCCUCGCAAGAGACAUUUCUGAACUCAGCCAGAAUAAAGCCACAAGUCGCCAGGACACAGAUGAAUCUGAUGAGCCAGUCCCUUGUCAUGGAGGAGGAGUGUGUUUUGCUGAUGGAUGCAGGAGAGUGGACUAUGUGCUAGUCUAUCACUGUAAGAGACGCUGUUCUAUUGUCUCCAAUGGAAACCUGCCCUCAACGAGUCCCAACGCUUUGCACAGAGACAGCCAGGAUGACCAGGCAGAAGUAGAGCUGGAGUCAGGACAGGCUUCAGGCCAUGGAGAAAAGGAAAAGGCUUUGAUAAGGAAGGAGUUUGAAAGAGGGCUACAGGAACAGGGGCUGGAGAUUGAACGUGAUGUAGAGAUGAAGACAGUGCGAUUUACCCGGCUGCAUGUUCCCUGGUCUGUGCUUAGUCGUGAGGCAGAGCUUCUUAAGAUCAAAGUUCCCACCAAGAUUACAUAUGAGUUAAAAGGUAAAACAGGGUUUGCAGGAGCAAUAUGUUCAUUUUGGGAGAAGCUUAAUCAACCCUUCCAGCCAGGGGUCCCAGCUCUUCAAAACCCACAUACAUGUGUUUUGUCACUCCCAUUCAGCAGAGAAAAGCUACACCUAUUUGACAUCAAGACGAAAAACACCCUGUUUGAUAGUGCAACACGAGGACGAAUAGUUUUUGAAAUCCUAAGGCGCACAGCCUGUACCCAGUCAUGUCAGACUAUGGGCAUCUCGUCAUUACUGGCUAAGGGUGUCUAUGAUGCAGCUUUUCCCCUGCAUGAUGGAGACUUCAAUAGCUCAGAUGAUAAAGAGCAUCCCAAUAAUAGACAGUUGUUGCAUGAUGAAUGGGCCAAUUAUGGUGUUUUCUUCAAAUACCAACCAAUUGACCUUAUCAGGAAGUAUUUUGGAGAAAAGAUUGGUCUGUAUUUUGCUUGGUUGGGAGUGUACACACAGUUGCUUAUACCUGCCUCAGCAAUGGGAAUUGUAGUGUUCCUGUAUGGCUGGCUGACUGUCGAUACAAAUGUUCCCAGUCAGGAGAUGUGUGAUGAGCGGCUGAACUUCACCAUGUGUCCCAUGUGUGACCAAGUGUGUGAUUACUGGCAGCUAAGCAGUAUGUGCAGCACAGCGCGAGCCAGCUAUCUCUUCGACAACCAUGCCACUGUAGCCUUUGCUAUUUUUAUGUGCCUCUGGGCUGCUGUUUUCCUGGAGCACUGGAAGAGAAAACAGCGGUGUCUGCAGCACAGCUGGGAUCUAACUGGCAUAGAUGAUGACGAAGAUAGAGCUGAGGAUGAGCUUCGGCCAGCAUAUGAAGAUUUUCUUCUUCAGAAGCAACAGAAAAAGGGCAAAAACAAAAAGAAAGAACAGACAGAUGAGAAAACAAAUGACAUAGGUAAAGAGAAGCUGCUGUCUGCGAAAGGAGGACAUCCACCGUUUGUUUCAGAAUCUCUUUCAUGGAGGGAUCGGUUACCAGGAUACUGCAUCAACUUAUCUUCCAUACUCCUUAUGGUGGGGGUGACAUUGUCUGCAGUGUCCGGUGUUAUUCUGUACCGCAUCAUUGUUUUUGCAGUGAUGUCAAUGAACCCUGACCACGAGGCUAAAGCCAAUGUGCGUGUUACUGUGACAACCACUGCAGUCAUUAUCAACCUGCUAGUGGUUUUGGUCCUGGAUGAGAUCUAUGGGGCAGUAGCAGCUUGGAUCACAGAACUAGAAAUUCCAAAGACUGAAGCAGCAUUUGAGGAGCAUCUGAUCCUGAAGGCUUUUCUGCUCAAGAGCAUGAAUGCUUUUGCACCUGUCUUCUAUGUUGCCUUCUUCAAGGGCAGGUUUGCAGGACGCCCAGGUGAUUAUGUGUACGUUUUUAAAGACUUCCGUAUGGAGGAGUGUGCUCCCGCAGGCUGUCUUAUAGAAGUCUGUAUUCAGCUUGGCAUGAUAAUGCUUGGGAAGCAGCUCAUCCAGAAUAAUGUUUUUGAGAUCGCCAUUCCAAAGCUGAAGAAGCUGUAUCGUGCAUAUAAGGAAGAGAAGGAUGGUGGUGAGAAGAAGAAGGACAAGGAUCCGAACCGUCCACGGCACCGCUGGGAGUUAGAUUAUCAGCUGGAGCCAUAUGGCGGUCUGAAUCCAGAGUAUAUGGAAAUGAUUAUCCAGUAUGGGUUCGUAACACUUUUUGUGGCAUCCUUCCCGCUGGCUCCAGUCUUUGCUCUACUCAACAAUGUAAUUGAAAUUCGCCUUGAUGCAGCCAAAUUUGUUACUGAAAUACGGAGACCUGAUGCUGUCAGAGCAAAGGAGAUUGGUAUAUGGUACAACAUCCUGAGUGGAAUUAGCAAGUUUGCUGUCAUUACAAAUGCAUUUGUCAUUUCCUUCACGUCUGAGUUUAUUCCUCGUAUGGUGUAUCAGUAUUUGUACAGUGAGACAGGCACCAUGCAUGGCUUUAUAGACCACACUUUGGCAUACUUCAACACCAGCAACUUCAAACCAGGAACGGCACCUAACAGCACACGAUUUGACAGGGAACUCCGUAUCUGCAGGUAUAAAGAUUAUCGAGAUCCCCCUUGGUCUUCUGAAUCUUACCAGCUCUCUAAGCAAUACUGGUCUAUUCUAGCUGCCAGACUUGCCUUUGUUAUCUUCUUCCAGAACCUGGCAAUGUUCCUCAGUAUGCUGGUGGCAUGGUUAAUUCCAGACAGUCCUCGCUCUCUGAAAAACUGCCUGAAACGUGAGAAAGCCUUGCUGCUGGAGCUUUUACUUAGUGAGGAGGCCGAGAAGCAGAGUCGCCAAUCCCAGCGCCAUGCCAACAUCAACAUAACAAUUAACACCCCAGAGGAGGAGCCCAUAAACCAAGACUGCAGUACAGAGUCACAGAGCGAAGCGGCUAAGAUGCUACAGUCCACAAACAGAGAAGGUAAACAUGAGAUGCCAGGAGAAGAACUGGAAAUUACUACAAGUGAGACACUCAACCCUGACAAAACUUCAUCCCCUGAAACCAUGCUCAGCUUGCAUUCUAUUCAACCCAUCACAUCAGAACAUCAAACGAAUCAGUCAGACUUUAAUCUGAAAGGGCCUCCACCUCGAGACCCAAGCUCCAAGUCUAGGAGUCGCUGUCGAACCCUUCCUCCAAGACAGAGAGCUGAGCAACCCACAGACAGCUCAAACAGAGCCAGCCAUUCUACUAGCUUUGUAAAUUUCAGUGAAAAGAUUCCACCAUCACACAGUGAGCUCUUGCGUAACGUUCCCAGCGUAUCAUUACUGCCUCCGUCUAAAAGAGGUCUCUCCAGCAACCCCAAGUUUAUGUUGUCAACAGAGCUCUCUGACAGCCAGUUAUCAGUGUUGUCAUGCCCUCCUUCCAAGACAGAACAGUUCGAAGCAUUGCCCAGCUCUCCACCAGAGCAGGAAAACACAAGCAGUCAACCAACAGUGGCACGUUCAACUUCCAAGCCUGAGGUUUUGCCACGGCCCCCAUCUAGACAAGAACUUUCUGGAAGUAAAUCCGUUGCACUACCAAGACCCCCAUCAAAGUCUGAGCUUAUGGGAAACACUGCAAAAGGACUUCCACUCCAAGAUACCACUAUUAGAGCCAAGUCUCGGUGUAAGACUCUUCCUCCCAGGCAACGGAGGCCUGAUGUAGUGGAAAGCACAACCAGAGCCAGUCAUUCCACCAGCUUCACACAUAUCAGUCAAAAGACUUCUUCAUUAGCCAAUGAGCUGCUGCCCAACCCUCCUGUGUAAGCAUGAACAGACUAAGCUGAGUUGAACUUAACCAUCUCCAUUAACCCUUAACCAACCACCUUUUUCAGUGCAGACAACCCAGGCAGUCAAUAACUCAUUAAUGACUUAUUUAAGACCCACUGGAAUCAGAAAGCUCAAGAUUUAUUGAGGUUAUUUCUAUCAGCUUUUUCAGGUUUUCAGCUCUAUCAGGUUAAAUGUGGCAGGUCUUUGAGGAUGCUAAGUCAUACUGGGUAUUCUGUGUUUUGAUGUGGUGCUAAGAGAUGCACCAUGAUUCUGCACAGAGGAUUUUGGGCCAAAUAUAUGUGUAGCUUAUUAAUGCCACAAUAAGCAGUAAGACUAUUUUGCCUGUACAUAAGGAAUUGAAUUCACAAUGUAAGACAUUGAAUUAUGCUGACUUAAGUACCAUAAAACUGUAAAAAUCUAACACUGUCUACUUGCAAUGUACUAUAUUAAAGCAAUGUGUUUAGUAUUAGUUCAGUGAAAAAAAAAAUCAAAUUACAAAAUAUAGUAAUUGUGUAAAUAAAAUGAACAGCUGGGAUUUACAAAU